AUGGCUACUACCUCACACACUGCCAUUGUUGUGAUCCUAUACUUGCUUCUGUUGGCAUCAGCACAGUCGUCUCUCGUGCACGCUAGGAUGAUGUCAAGUGAUCAUCUACAUGUGUAUGCCGAGGACAGCAGUGCUAGCACUGGUGCUUCUUCAUCGUCGAUCUCCCAAGAUAUGCUACUAGUGUUCAUGGCUUCGUCAACUACUCCUGAGGCCGAGAUCGCCACCGCUAAUCGUAGGUGGAUCAUCCAGGUCGUGGAGGGAUCGGUUCUGAGCCCUGGCUUCGGCCACCAUGGUUAA